CAGCGGAAUUCGAAGCGUUUGUGUUCCCGUUAAUGGUGUUGUGAAACGAGAUCGCGACUCGCGAGUGACAUUGAAUUUUACUUUAAUUUCAAUAUCCCGGUGAAAGGUUUCUCAACACGGUGUCAAGAUGAUGAUGGACUAUUUUGUGACGAACAAUUCUUUAGCACCCGCACCCAUGGGAAUACAAAGUACCGCGGGUGCUGUGCCCGUAAAGAAUGAUAAAGGAGAGUUGUCUAUGAAAAAGGUGAAGGUACAUCGUUAUGUUUCCGGCAAGCGGCCAGAUUAUGCAGCUGUAAGCUCGGAUGAAGAAUCUGAAGACGAGGACUUUCUCGAAAAGCGCGUGCAUAAGGGCUACGAUGAUAGCGAGACCAUCGCGGACGUCAGUUCGCACUCGUACACAAGGGGUAGGGACGAGGAUGAUCCGCGUCUGAGAAGAUUAACGCGGCAGCAGAAGGAGGCACCGACCGAGGUGCAUGUGGACAGACACAGACACAUUCACGAACCAGAGCUCAUCGAGAUUGAGCUAGAAAGAACGCGAGAGAGAAUCAAAUUGGAGAGUUCGGACUCGUCCGAGGAUGAGGAACUAUCGGAUUCCGAGAUAGAGAAACGACGAGAGGCCCUGAAGCAACGAGUACUAUCCAAGAAAGAAACGGAGGAAGAACUGAUACAGGGUGAGGAAGAGGACAGAUCGGGCGACAGCUCAGAGGAGAGCUCGGAAUAUGAGGAGUACACGGAUUCCGAGGAGGAGACUGGACCACGAUUGAAACCGGUGUUUGUUCGCAAGAAGGAUAGAAUCACAGUGAUGGAGAAGGAGAAGGAGGCAAUGCGUCAAAAACAAGCGGAAGUCGAGGCCAAGAAAGCAGCCGAAGAACGAAAGAGACAAACUUUGAGGAUGGUUGAAGAGACGGUGCGAAAGGAGACGCAAAUGGGCAAUAAAGGUAAUAUUGAACAAGAGAGCAAAUUGAAUGAUGUUUGCACGGACGAUGAGAACGACGAGGUGGAGUACGAAGCUUGGAAGUUGCGUGAACUUAAAAGGAUAAAACGAGAUCGCGAGGAGAGGGAGCAACUCGAGAAGGAACGUCUAGAAAUCGAGCGUAUCCGUAACAUGACUGAAGAAGAACGAAGGCAAGAAGCACGACUAAAUCCCAAGACGAUUACCAAUAAGGCGGCCAAAGGAAAGUAUAAAUUCCUCCAGAAAUAUUAUCAUCGUGGCGCGUUCUACUUGGACAAAGACGAUUCUAUAUUUAAACGCGACUUCUCCGGCGCGACUUUAGAGGACCAUUUCGACAAGACAAUUCUACCGAAAGUCAUGCAGGUAAAGAACUUUGGACGCAGCGGCAGAACCAAAUACACCCAUUUGGUGGAUCAGGACACGACACAAUUCGAUUCACCUUGGAUUUCGGAAACGGCUCAAAAUGUUAAAUUCCACAGUCAUCAAGCAGCGGGAAUGAAGCAGGUCUUUGACCGACCUUCUUUGAAAAAGAGGAAAGUUGAAAAUUAAGUGGCGCAAACACUAAGAACUGUAUUUUUUGUUAUCUUUUUAUUUCUUUUUUGAAAUGUAGUAAUUACAUAACAUUGUAUUAUAACAUCAAAAAACGUAUAAAUUUAAAUCUUCCAUCACUCGAUAAAUAUAUAUAAUUUAUAUGACAUGCAUGCAUCUAUUGACAUACAAUUAGAACCUGUUUGUAUCACAUUAUUGGCUUAUUCUUUUAAAUGGAAUCACAUGCAUACAAAAUAGUAAAGUGGUAUAAAUGUGAACUUAACGUGUCUAGUAUGUAACUUUUAUUAUGAAAGAAAUAUUCAUAUCUC